AUGAAUAAAUUAUAUUUAAUGGUCGCAUUAACCUUGCUCUUGGCAAUGGCUGCAAUGGUCGAAUCCAAAAACCAGCUUUUGGAACCAGGUGUUGAUUGUACUGCUGCUUGUGCAUCGGCAUCAACUUGGGCCUCUAUGUGCACUGGUGUAAUUUAUUCUGAUAAAUACUGUGGAAUUAGUUAUGUAACUGACAAGGCCGAAUGCAAGCAUAGAUGUCUCCAAUUAACUGGUCAAAGAUUGUUCUAA